UAUUAGUACAGUGUUAUCUGCAAGAACAUAUUACAAUGUCUGGAAGAGGAAAGACCGGCGGGAAAACGAGAGCCAAGGCUAAGACUCGCUCCUCCAGGGCAGGACUGCAGUUUCCAGUCGGCCGUGUCCACAGACUGUUGCGGAAGGGAAACUAUGCCCAGCGUGUCGGCGCUGGAGCCCCGGUCUAUCUGGCCGCUGUGCUCGAGUACCUGACUGCUGAAAUCCUGGAGCUGGCCGGGAACGCCGCCCGGGACAACAAGAAAACCCGAAUCAUCCCGCGUCACCUGCAGCUCGCUGUGCGCAACGACGAGGAGCUCAACAAGCUGAUGGGAGGCGUGACCAUCGCUCAGGGAGGAGUGCUGCCCAACAUCCAGGCCGUGCUGCUGCCCAAGAAAACCGAGAAGCCAGCCAAGAAGUAAAUCACUCGGACGCCGCUUUUAGAUCUAAUAAACCCCCAAAGGCUCUUUUAAGAGCCACCCACUUUUUUCUAUAAAAGCGCAUCAACUCUGUUUAAGUUUAUUGUCUGAAUAAUAUCAAACUGAGAAUUGCAGCAAUGAAUAGUUUGGUGUAGCGUUACCGUGUAUCUGUUUGUAGCGAUAUCAAACACAGGCCUUGUCACAGCGAGUGCUGCUGACAUUCCCCACGUUCCUUAGAAAGAAACACUGCGACACGGUAACAAUGUACUGGCUUACUUUGUCUUACGCAUCCAGCUGACAAGAACAGAACUACUGAAUCUCUGAUUUACAAUUUCCGAAUAAUAAACUACUGUAGUGAGAAUUGCAACAAUGAAUACUUCUUGUGAGCAGUGCAGCGCUACAGUAUCUCUUCAUACCCGUAUCAAACACAUCCUCGCCACAGUGUACAGCGGGUGCUGCUGACAUUCCCCUCAUCAAUGCCACGGUCCUUACAAGGAGACAGUUCGGUUCGAUACACUAUCAGUUCACUGGUUUACUUUGUCUCUGAUCGAGCUACAUUGAAAUAUGUUUCCAAUUGUAAAUCCCCCUCGUGUUU